AUGUCAGUCGAGAAAAAAGGGAGUAAGAUUCACGUGUUUGUCAUAAAUGAUGUGAAGAAUGAGGAGUGGGAUAAGGAGGAGCUCGACGAUUCGUACAAUACGGAUGGUGAUACACCCAAGGGGGGUAGUCCCAACGGUGAGGGUACCGUCGGGGGGGAUAAAUCAAAGGUGAUAAACACGAAGAAGAAUAAAAGAAAGGAAAUAAUAAGACACAAAAUGUACCAUCCGCAGGUGAAAAUUGUGAAAGUAAGUUGUGGAAAAUCCAUCAUUGGGUUUCUGUCAGUAGUGGGCAAAAUAUACUGUUGGCAGUUGAACGGUUUUGACGACUUUGACAAGAAUGUGCCCUACUUGUUAGUAGACCCUGUUUUAAAAAAUAAAAUAAUUCACGAUGUGAGUAGUGGAGAUAGCCAUAUUGCCUUUAUAUCGAAGGAGGGAGAUUUAUUCACGUAUGGGGACAACACGUAUGGGCAGUUGGGCAACGGGGAUGACACUGUGUUUGAUUCUGAGGAUGGGUUAGCAUCUACCAGGGAAUGUACCCCAGAUUCGACAUCCGAAACGGAUCAUUCGUUUUCAACUUUGGAGGAAGACGUGAGAGGAACUAGCAACGCUGAUGAGGUAGACACCAAAACGAAAAAGAAAAAGCACCAAAUGAGUAAAGUGAAUAAAGUUAGCAGAGUGCACAAAGUAGAUGUAGAAAAUAACAUCGUGAAAUGUGUCUACUCAAGGGAUAAGUAUACCCUUUACCUAACUAUAGACGGGUUCUUAUAUGGGUUCGGUUUGAUAAACGAGCAUUUCAUCCAAGGACAGAAAAACAAAGCAAUGAAAAAAAGAAUACUAACAAAACCAUGUCUCAUCGAUACAAAUAAUAUAGCUUUUAAAAAAAUCGCCAUCGGGAAUAAUUUCAUCCUGGGGAUCAGUUUUAACAAUUCGCUCUACUCCUGGGGGGACAACACCAAUGGUGUACUAGGAUACGAUGACUGUGCAGAGAGCCACGAGCCUAAAUUAGUCGACAGUAUGAAGAACGUAACUUAUGUCAGCGCCGGAAGGGUAAGUCUUUGCAAAACGGUGGAAGACGACUUGUACAUCUGGGGAGGAACCUACGGAUCCAAACCUAGUAUGGUGAAAAAUAAAUUCAGCCAAAUGGUUAUUAACAAAAAUUUUAUUAUCGGCUUGUGUGCCAAGAAAAAUAUAUGGGUAAAAAAAAUUGACACAAUUUCCCAUGGGUAUUAUAUUAACAAUUUAAAAAUAGACCUUCUCUGCUCCUACGAUAAUUUGAUUAUCGGGGUGGAGAAUCACAGCGAAGGGGAAUUAGAACCCGUUCAUGCAGAUGCAAAGGUAGCUAUUCAGGGGGGGUCCACAAGGAAAGGAAAGGACCAAGUUGAGAAUAUCCCACUGGGGGGUAACGCACCAAACGAAACUACAGAUAAUAUGGAAGAAGCACUUAAGGGUGUAGAAGUAGCCGACAAUGUGCAUGAUGACCACGGCCAUUUGUCUGAUGGGGAUGUCCCUCCUGAGCAACAGAAGGGAAGCGAAGAAGUAGGUGAACAGUUAACCUUCCCGAAUGACAGAACCGUCAGUACAGUGCUCCCCUCAGACAUGAGAAAGGACGUCACUCAAAACUGUGAUGAUCAGGUAGGUGAUGAGGAUAGCCCCCCAAAUAAACACCCCACAGGUGAAGAAGAAAAAUCGAAUGGCAUCCCCCAGGUAGGCUCAAAGUCAAGUUUUGACCAGAUGGAUCAAUUCCCGUAUGAAGGAAUGACAGAAAGUAAUUCCCCCAAAGUAGACGCAACAAAUGGAUCCGAUUGUACGGAGGGAAAGUCUUACUCAUGGAACGAGAAGGAGAAUACCACCCAGGAGAAAGAACCAACGGGAAACACCUACAACAAGUUGAUAGAUGCAGAAACGGAGGAGGAUGAUUAUUUCGAUGAGGAGGAGCAUUUCUUAGCAACCAACUUUUAUGGAAAGCCAGAAAUUCCCAAUGUGAGUGACACAGGAGGAGGGAUAGCCACCAACAAGACAACUAAAGGGAAGGAAAAAGUGAACUUAAAGUCUGCAUUGAAAAAAUUCCCUAGCAGUGAGAGACUUAAAAAGAGCGUUUCCUUUUCUAACUACGUCUACGACUUUGCGAAGAGCAACUACGAGCUGAUGAGCGGGGUGUCCAGCGGGGAGGAGAUGGACACAACGAUAGUCGAUAGAACUAACCAAACUACCGAACCUGCGCUGAGCCCCCUUCCCACUUUCCACUAUGACGCCCCACGUGGGAAGGAAACAAACGGGUCAGAACCUGUCGGCGUAGAUGCAGAGGUCAACAAUGCAGGAACAACCCAUCCCCCAGAUGAGGACAUUUUUUCGAACUAUCUUGAAAGCAUGCCAAAUGGGAAUCCUUCGGAGGAUAAAUUGAGAAGCCACUUCAUUUGGCAUGACCCCCCCCAGGAAUGUAUAUCUGAGGAGGCUCCAUUAAACGGUGAUUGGGACAAAAAUAACGUUGGACAGAAGAAAGAGGGAGAUUGCCCUCCACUGGAUGCCACUGCAGACAGGAUUGGAAGCGAAGUUAUAAUGCAUGUAGGCAAUCUAAAAAAGGAAGAAGCGUUGAAAGGAGACACGAAAUACAUGCAACCCCUUAUGAAUGACCAUGAUAAAGGUGGACCACUGGAAAAUAUCUCCACCGAUAGUGUCGACACGAGGUGCGCUAACUGGGGAGGCAAAAUCGAGGAGGAGCACAAUUAUCCCAUGGGAACCCACAUCGAAGGGGGUUUUAAGGAAAGAAUAAAAAGCGAGAAGGCAAAAGGAGAGGUCAAUAUCGAACUGAAUUGCAACCAGAAGGGGGUGUUCAAACAAACGGGAGAGUACCACAUUGUUGGUAGUAACUCCGAUGAGGCAUCUAAGGCGGAUGUAGUUACUUUGGAGGAGAAAAAGUGGAAAAGUGGGUUCGACUGGAAUGGAAAUAGCGUCACGCAAAGCGCUACCACGUUAAGGGGGAAGGACGUAGAUAACUUCCACCCACAGAACCCAAAUCAGCGUAGUAGCAUAAGCACCACUGCGAAACCGUUCCCCCUAAGUGACGACAAAAAUGGGAAGAGAGAUGGGGGGUCCUUUACCCCCACGGUGAGAAUUUCAUUAAAGAAAAAAAAUCAACAAGGGAGAAAAAAAUUAAAAAUAAAAUACAAUAUAUAUAAGAAGGUAAAAUGUCUGAUUAGAAAAAAAAAGAUGAACGUCCCAAAGGAGAUGUCCCCCGUUGGAACAAAACUAACACUGUUGCAUCCUCCCCAGUUGAAGGAAGCAAAACAGCAGAAUGAUAAGGUGGAUCCUCCUUUGGUAGAAAUGAACCAUGUAAUUGGGACGAAUGUGAUUGUCCCCUCAGAUAUUUGCCAAUGCUGUGGUGGCCGUUCCCCCCAUGGUACAAACAUUCGACUUGUUAAGAAGAAAGACAGCACUCAUAAGAAGGGAGACCCAGGGAAGAUCCCACUGGAAGAUGGUUGCACGAAGAAGACCUCCAUGUCGGUGAAUAAAAAAGCUUCCACCUGUGACAGCAGCCCCUGUGUGAAGAAGAAAAAGACCCUUAGCAAUGAUAACGCAACGAAAGUGAAGACGCACAAAACGGGGAAGAAGCAAAUCGUGUCUAGUAACAAGGAUAAACCUGCAUGCAGCAACAAAGGUUCUGCUUCCGGGGGGGAAGUUCAAAGUGGACCAUUUUGCAUAACCUGUUCUGGUGAAAAUACAAAUGGCGUAUUGGUAUCGCCUGCACAGGAAUGUCAAAACGGUAGGAAGAGCGCAGCAGCCAAAAUGAGGAGGAACUCAUCCUCGUCGAACAUUUAUAAUGAGGUGUGUGCAGAUGCAAGUUUGGAGACCAAACUGAAAGGCUCCAAAUUGAAAAGGAAUAACUACUUUUCCGACUCGGAGAGAAGAACCACCUGUUCUGAUCACGCAUCCUCAGGCAACACAUCACAUUUACAUCCCACCGGUUUAUUGUCCAAAAGUGAAUCCUGCACCAACUGUUAUGGUAAUGGUAUGGGUGAGAUAAACGAGAAAAAAUGGAAAGCGCAUUUUGAAUGUAUGAAGCAAACUGGGGAGGGAGGAAAGAACAGGAAAGCUUCUUUCCAAUUGGGACUAGCUCAGCCAGUUAUCAAUUCGGAAAAUCACUCCCUCAGCAGAGGUAUAAUGGAUAGUUGUGCAGGUAGAAAGUGCUCCCAUGGAAGUAAUCCUAGUUUGGAGAAAAACACCUGUUGGGGUGAACAUUUUCCUGCCAAGGGGGGCGUAAGUGCAGGGCAUGUUACCCCAAUGGAUGGGGAAGACUACUCAUCGUUCAACGGGAGUGUGGAUAGUAAGCUGUGUAGGAAAGUACGCGGCGUUAAAAAGGACACAAGCAGGUGCCACAGCGAGGUGGUGAAGAAGAGCAAACUUCCAGGGGGGAAAAGGACGAACUCAUCGGGGGAAAGCCAGCUGGAGCGAAUUGAAUGGACGAACGAGCAAGACCUCUGCAACUACCACGGAGGAGAAAAUCCAUCUGAAGCAAAUUCACAAAUGGUUCUGCACGAUGAAGCCACCCACCCACGUGUAGAGUCUUUACAAACGGUACGCACGUCCCCAAAGAAGAAAGUGAAAAGGAAGACCAGCGAAGGGGCACUAUGUGUUUAUACCCCAAGUGGGUCAAAUGACAAAAAGGUGGAAUCCCCCAAAGUGGUAGUUCCCAAAAAAGGGAAGCAGAAAGAAAGCGCAGAGACGUUCCCCAUUUUGAGUAAGGAGCGCUUAAGCAACUGCAAUAGGAAGACUGUCACACGGGGUGGGUCGAAGGGUGGCAAAAUUAACCAGGCGAAGGAAGAACAAGUAAUUGCACUAGCUGACGAAGGGGGAAAGAAGAAACAAAAAGAAGUACCAACUACCACUAAGCAAAUAAGCGUCGACCCAAAUAAAUGCAGUAGAAGGGAUGUUCUGAAAAAACUGGGUAGACAAAUCAGAAGAAUGAAAAACGACAUUGCGCUGGAUAACGAUUCAGAAAAAAUCGAAAGGAGAAAAGGCAAAGAGCAGAACGGUCAGGGAGGAUUCACUGCAGAAAUUGAACUCAUCGAUGGGGAAUACUCCCCAGAUGCGAACGAAAAGUGCAAACGGUUGUACCAAAAGGUGAGGGGAAAACUACGUGGUGAUCAUAUAGACGGAGAGACAACUCCCCCCGGGAUGGAAAAAAAACGCAUGAAAAAACUGCUGAAAGAUGUGCAGUACAUUUAUGAAAAGUACAAGUAUAUUAAAAAAGAAAAGGAAGAAAAUGAAAAAAAAAAAAAUUACUUAAAAAAGGUUUUAGAGAGCACCGUUAUGAAAACGAACCAAGUGAUCAGACUUAACAAAAGCUCAUUCCAAGUUUAUAUGGAAAAAAUGAGGAAAGAAAAUUUGUUUUUAAAAAGUGAGUUAGAUGAAGAAUCCCACCAACAUCACUACGACCUCCAGCAGCUAGUCAACAAAAUUACCCACUUGGAACAGGUUAAGGAUAUGAUAACUAGACAGAAUGAGGAAGUCACCAAAAGGAACUUGGCUCUAACAGCUGAAUGUGAAAAAUACAAAAAGAGAGAAGACGAAAUGAGGAACACUAGCUGGGAAAACGACUACAACGAACUGAAGGAGAAAUACAACUCCGUGAAGGCACAGAAUGGGGAGCUGCUCAAGCGUAGCGAUGAAUUCGCCAAGCGGAACGACGAAUUGGCGCAGCGGAAUGAUGAGCUGGUACAACGAAACGAUGAUCUAGCGCAGAGAAAUGACGAUUUGGCUGAGCGGAACGAACAGCUACGCGAAGAAGCCCGCUCAUUGCGGAGGGAACUGCACACCAGGAAAGACCAAACAAGUGGGAACAGCGCACAGCAAAUUGACGCCUUAAGUGAGAAAGGGACCCCCUUGAAAAGGAACACAACUGCUACUGCUGCUAGUGACACUACUAAUAAUAGUACGUUAGAGGACCUCCCCAUUCGCAGCAGCAGCGAGAGUAACUUCAAACGGACACAUGGUAGAUAUGUGCAUGGUCACCCACCCGGAGAGGAGAAUAAAUCAAAACAAACGGAAGAGAAAAAGCAGUUGCAUUUAGAAGAGGGGAACACCCCAAAUGGGGAAGCUUUAUCAACCCAUUUAGCAUUCCUAAAGGAUAGGUUAAAGGAAAAGUGGAACCCCUCAAAGGAGGAUAGUUUUCUCGUGGAUCCCAUCCUCGAGGGGAUAAUUCAAAUGGCUCUUAACCAUUUGGGGAAACAGAACGAAGGGAAGUGUAUUGACCCACAUCUAAGUAGUAUACAUCCGAAUGGGGGAAGUUCCAACGGGGCGACCAACAUGGUAAACACAGCCAACCCCGACGGCAGUACUGCCACCCCCGAGGGAGAAGAACCAAAAAACGAAAAUCUCAAGAAGGUCAUCAUGCAACAGAUGGACGAAACAAUGACCUUAAAGCAAAAUUGUUCACACGAUAAUGAGGGGGAGGCUACCACGCAGCAAGUGCAAGGGCACCAUAUUCCGAGCAACGAAGCUACGGAGUCGAAAACGGAUACCUACGACACGUUGUCUAGUGAAAUUAAUGUGGACUCGGACGAUAGCUUUGCUCCCCAGAAGAUUACGCAAGAGGGGAAGUUCGACACAGCAAAGAAGAAUUCUACAAAGGGGGAGACACAAAAAUGGGGCAAUCUUAAGUUGAAUUACACCCCCUCUGCAGACUUCACAGGAUCGACACACACAACGCAGAAUACUAUACACUCCGAGUUGGGCAAUGAAACGGCUGAAAAGGUGAACGGCCUGAAUGGAAUGAACGGAGCAAGUGGUACCGUCCAGUGGGUGGACGACGAUGGGGAAGCAAGCCAAACGGAUGAUCGACAUAUAAUAAACGAACACCUGGAAAAAAAAAAAAAAAAAAAAAAAAAAAAUCACAGUGGUGAAGAUAACUAUAACGAUGGGGAAACGGACGAGACGAAUGAACACCCCCUCGAUGAGCGCCUCUUAAAUACGAAGAUUCGAGGCCUCAACGAGAAGGGCGCCACCAAGGGGGAGGGUGUAAAAGGGUCCACCACUUCACCGUCGAACGAGGUGACCACAAAGACCCUUUCAAAAAAAAACACACAAUUAAAAGAAAUCCAAAAGAACGAUUUUCUCCUGCUCCAUGAUACGAACAGGAAAAAUAAAAACAAUACAUUUGACCAAGUCGCCACAGAGGGCGAUGCUUCGACCGGAAGGAAGAAGGUGAUCCAUCCUGGGGAUGUUACCUCCAAGCAGAACGGGCCAGGUGACAAUUCGAAGGGGAAGAAGAAGGAACUGAAUGCCAUGCUGGAUUGCAUUUUCGACACGUCCUCUGAUCACUCGUCCAUUAGCGCAAACAUGGUGAGCAUUCAGAGCUUAAUUGAGAACAACCUCAAAAAUAUUUUCAGCGUGCAGGAUUAG